GUGGCCGGAGUGCGCCUGCGCGGAAUCCUGCCGUUCCUUCAGUGCGCUGAGGAAGGACGCCAAAAGCAGGGAGAGGUGGCGGCGGAGACUCAGUGGCGCGGCGCAGACCGGCCGCAGUGCGUGGGGGAAGAUGGACGAGGAGGCGGCCGUUCAGCGCUGGCGGCUCUGGGCUCUCUGGCUGCCCUGUUUCUUCCUACUCUGGGACCGACCGGCUGCGGGAAUACAGUCCCCUCCGCCGACAGACCUUCCCCCGCCGGCUAUGCCAUGUGCUGCUUUCACCGGAAAGACUUGUGAAGAAUGUUUAAAAAAUACUUCAUGUCUUUGGUGUGCUACAAAUUCCACUUGUGCAGACUAUCCUGUGGGGAAGCUGUUCCCAACCUCCUCAGUGUGCGAAUUUCCAAAGGCUUAUUGGGCAGUUUGCUGGGUCAGUUUUGAGGCCAUGAUCAUCAGCAUGGGUGUUGUAGCAGGUAUCCUUCUACUGCUCAUAGUAUGCUGUUGCUGUCUCUGCUACUUCAGGAAAAAAGGUCGUCUUAGGGGGAGACUUGCUGAAGAAGAAGAAAGCUUUAUUAGAGAUCGGGAAGAAAAAAGAAUGCAGUCCCUUCAGCGGAAACAUGAAAGAAAGUUGAAACACAAUGAGAUACGUAAGAAAUAUGUCUGUGGCUGCUUGGUGCCCAGACAGAGUCCUUGACAAUAUAUGGAAAAAAUGUGUGAAGUGUAAGUAAUUUAUCUAUCUAUCUUCUAUAUAUAUAAUUCUCUAAAGUGUACCUGUGGCUAAUCCUGCGCGUGGCAGCUUUUGCGAGAGUUCGCGAGCAGAAGCAUUGUGGUGACUGGGCACUGGAGAUUCCAUAUGCAGAUAGGGAGGAGGAGCCUAUGAGAGCAGAAGCACCAUGGUGAUUGGGCAGUGGGGAUUCCAUAUGUAGAUAGGGAGAAGGAGGCUGCCGUUGUGUGAACUAGAUGAGGAAACAAGAUGAACAAGAUCUGUUAACUCAGGAAGUGGGUGGGGGGAGAGAGAAAGUGAGGGAAAGAGCGAGUGGAGGAGAGAGAAAUAGAGAAAAAGAAGGGAGGAGAAGAGAAAAAGAAGGAAGGGCGAGGGAUGGGCCCGAGCCUGUCAGCGGCCUGAUGGGAACAAGGGGCCAUGGCAGCGGCACCUAUUGGCAGCAAGGAAGGGCCCAGCCCAAACCACUGCUGCUGUUUGGGGCUACCAAGGCCAUUGGCGAGGUAGGCAGGCAAGGGACAGCCCCGGGCCUGUCAGUGGCCUGAGAGGAACGAGUGGCCAUCGCAGUGGCAGUGAGGAAGGGCCUGGUCAACCUCUGGUGCUGCUCCUCUGGAGAGGAGAAGGGCUCAGGUGAGAGUGGGAAGGUCUCUGGAGAUGGGAGCUACAGCUUGGCCAAUUGGCACCAGCAACCGAGACCAACUGCAGCCGAGACCAAGAGGGGUGAGGGGGAUGGAAGCUACCGGAUGGAGGAGGAGGAGUGCAGCUCAGGUGAAGGUGGAGAGACCUCUGAGGUGAGAGGGGCUGUGGCAGGGGGUGAGGGGAGCAAUCAAGUACUAGCGUGUGAUGCUCUGUGCGGAUUAAGCUAGUUAACUGUAAUGCCAUAGUUGGGUGUUUUUUUAAAACUUCCUUAAUUUUGAUCUUGAAGCUAGUAAUCUGCUUUGAAAUUGAGAAGAUAUGGUGAUCAAAACAUUUGGGACAUGAUCCAGCUAAAGUUAAGCAUUUUGGCCACCUGCUUCUGUGGUCUGGUAUGUUUCUUAUACUGGCCAAAAAGAAUUUAUGCCUUUGUGUCAAAGAAGAGAUUGUUGAAUGAGCUGUGUAGAAUGGGAGAAGAAGUAAGCCCUGUACCUAGGAUUUAUAAAUAUGUGUCAAGGAAAGUUGAAUCCUGUGGUUCUCAUAAGUUGAAAUAAAAUGUUUAAACCUCUUAAUGUUAAAAAAAAAAAAAGUAUAACCUUGACAUGAUCAUGGUAGUAUUCACACAACUGGAUAAUGUGCAUGUGCAGCAGCUAUCUCAGUAAGACUUUCAAGCUCCAUGUGAUGCUCUCACUCCGCCCCACGAUCAUGCACAUCCAUUAGAAAAGGGGGUUGGAGUGUCGUUGCCUUCAGUUCCUUUCCGAUUGCUGCCAGAGCAGCACUGGGAGGAAAUUGUUCUAAGUACUUGAGGACUUUAUUUCUUCAAGUACCUGAAAAGGUCAGUGAGAGAGAGACUCUGUACUGCUCUGUUACAAAGCCCAGAUCGCAAUUUUAUGACCGACUGGAAAACAUUUAAGUGGUGUGGGACUUGCAAAGCUAAACUUCACUUUGGAAAGACACAACUUAUAUAUUUUGUGUCUUGUUGAGGAACAUAAGACAAACGUAUGUAAGAUCUGUUGUCUUUUUCAUAGCAAGCGUGGAAGAACCAUGAACUCCACUUAAAAGACGGCCUAUAUAAUUUAGCAUUGUAGCUGCUGCCAGUAACAAUGUUGAUUGCCACCCCAGCAAAAACUUUGACAUCAACGCCAACCUCUACCCCACUGAGGCAAGUCACCACAAUAUUGAUCGGGUCAACCAACCCAAUACCUACACCCUCACCACCAUCAGCAAAAGCUCCAAGUCCUAGGGCAGAGACUUCUAUAUCAGCUAAAACAGUUGAUAUCAACAGUGAGUGCUUCAAUGUUGAAGCUACUUCUGUCUACCUCAAACAUCUCGAAAGAGGAGUGAAAGGGGAAAGUGAAAUCCACCAAGACCACAUGGAGAGAGCAACCCGGAGGAAACUAAAAGAAACUCCACAAAACAUCUUUGACAACAGGACAUGAGACAUCAAAACACAUCUCCUCCACAACUGGUUCAACUUCAGCAUCGGCGUCAACAUUGAAAGAGUCUACGAAACGAAAGGACAAAGCGCCUACCCUAUUAACAGAGCCAAACCCACUGACAUUGACCAGCCCAACUGCGAUAGUCCCAACGUUAAACAAAGUUGCAACUGCAGAAUCGUCAACACUGUUAGCAAUACCUAACAACAUCCACAAAGUCCACAGUUCUUACACUGGAUACUUUGACAAGGAAAAAGGACAUUCCAGUAAGGAUGGAAGACUCACUGUGCUAUAAUGUAUUGGCAAUACCAAUGAUGUCUAAAGUCACAAUGCCCUCUAGAGAACAUUCCCAUUCUCCACCAUAUUCACUGAGGGGUCACAUAAGCUAUGAUGAGGAGGUGAUUGGAAUUCCAAAGACCCUUUUAAUGGUCUCCUGCUCCACAUAGAUCAAUAGAUGAUGAGGGGGACAGAAAGCACAUCACUACAGGAGAACCUUGUUAAUCACGGACUCGCCAGCCGUGGUUUCGCGUAUCUGUGGUUGGGUAAUAGAUAUAUUUCUAAAGGGGAAUCCGGCAAGGAUUCCCCUUUACAAAUAAAGGGCUUGGGUUGAAGGGGGGCAAGGGGAAAGGAGGCAACAUUUUACAUUAAAAAAUAGUUGUGGAGGCAGCACAUUUUACCUUUGAAAAUUGCUGCAGACGGUAUGUGGUGGACUUGUAACAAAGCCCAAUCAUUUUGGAGGCAAAUUCACUCUAAAAUGGAGCAAAUCUUAGAAGUUAAACUCCCUUUUCUAUCAGAAAGUUUUCUUUUAAAUAUGUCAAAUUCUUGUGUUCCUGCUAAGUUUAAUGAGCUAUCUUUAUAUAUGAUCACUGUUGCUAGGAUUUUAUAUGCUUCUAAUUGGCACUCCUCUGAGUUCCCAUCCUUAAAUGGCUGUUUUUUUAAAUUAUGGGACUAUGCCUCUAUAUCUAAAGUUACUGCUAAUAUGAAAAAUGUUUCUACAGAUUCAUUUAUGCUUGUUUGGGAACCUUUAUAAACUUUAAUAUUUGACAAGGUCA